AGAAACAUCCCACAGGGAGAGCCUGACUGCCUGACAGAGAAAUGGAUCGACCAAAAAAGUAUAAACAACAAGGGAAAUUUGGAAUAGAUGGAUGGAUGAAUAACACCCUGGAUGGAUGAAUAACACCCUGGAUGGAUGAAUAACACCCUGGAUGGAUGAAUAACACCCUGGAUGGAUGAAUAAUAGACUGGAUGGAUGAAUAACACCCUGGAUGGAUGAAUAACACCCUGAAUGGAUGAAUAAUACCCUGGAUGGAUGAAUCAUACCCUGGAUGGAUGAAUAACACCCUGGAUGGAUGAAUAACACACUGGAUGGAUGAACAACACCCUGGAUGGAUGAAUAACACACUGGAUGGAUGAACAACACCCUGGAUGGAUGAAUAACACCCUGGAUGGAUGAAUAACACCCUGGAUGGAUGAAUCAUACCCUGGAUGGAUGAAUAACACCCUGGAUGGAUGAAUAACACACUGGAUGGAUGAACAACACGCUGGAUGGAUGAAUCAUACACUGGAUGGAUGACUAACACCCUGAAUGGAUGAAUAACACCCAGGAUGGAUGAAUAACACCCUGAAUGGAUGAAUAACACCCUGGAUGGGUGAAUCAUACACUGGAUGGAUGAAUAAUACCCUGGAUGGAUGAAUAACACCCUGGAUGGAUGAAUAACACCCUGAAUGGAUGAAUAACACCCUGGAUGGAUGAAUAACACCCUGGAUGGAUGAAUAACACCCUGGAUGGAUGAAUAACACCCUGGAUGGAUGAAUAACACCCAGGAUGGAUGAAUAACACCCUGGAUGGAUGAUACGGAUGUAAACCGUACAUAUUCUUCAUCCCUUUACACUUGUGUGUAUAAGGUAGUAGUUGUGGAAUUGUUAGAUUAGAUUACUCGUUGGUUAUUACUGCAUGUUCGGAACUAGAGGCACAAGCAUUUCGCUACACUCGCAUUAACAUCUGCUAACCAUGUGUAUGUGACCAAUAACAUUUGAGUUGAUUUAAACCAUGGAUGGAUGAUACGGACAGAUGAGUCGUUGGAUUUAUAUAUAAACAUUUUUUUAAUUUGAUAUUAUUUUAGUUUUAUAUUUGAACCUUUUCCUUUUCUGUUUCUAUAUUCACUCUUAAACUCCCAGGAUCUUCUGGUAAAUAUUAGUAUGUAGUAUCUCUGUUUGUGUCAUUAUUUUAUAUUAAGAUGAUGAUGUGGUCAACACAGCCAGGAAGCUGUUGAUUUCCAGGUCUGUUCCUCUGAGCUUCCUAAUCAAUAAUACAUUAUGAUGGUUCAUUUGCUUCCCAGAUAUCCAACAGCUCCUUAAUAAUCUGAAUCUACUGCCUGCCGCCGUGUAGCCCCUGAUUCCUGGCCAGAUAUUUCUGCCGUGCCUGGUAACCCGGGACAGCCAGAGGGUCCUUCUCGUUAAUAGCUGAUUGUAAAGAAGGAGCUGGGUCUGAAACCGGAGACGGGGAGCUGUUGGUUACCUUAGCCCCAGAGAGAUGAAUCUUCGUGGGCCAUCUGCCCACCUGGGGGCCCGUAGGGGCCAGGAUCCGGGCUGGAGAAGAUCAUGGGAACCGUCCUAUUGGGACGGACUCAUGUCUGAAGUGGAGGUGGUGCCCCGACAUACCGGUCUUCAGGGAUGUAACCCUCCUCAGCAACAGAGCGCCAGAGAUGAAGGGAGCCACAGCCAGAAUCUAGACAGGUGUUUGCAGGAGUUGGAGAGAGAGCAGUGUCAGACCUAUUUUAAAGGUGGAAGCCCAGUUAGCAGUCCUGGCCAAGUGCAGUGUCAGACCUAUUUUAAAGGUGGAAGCCCAGUUAGCAGUCCUGGCCAAGUGUCCAAGGUAGAGCUUGUGCCUCCAUCUCCCCCUCAACUUACCCCUGCUCGUACCCCUCGGCCGCACAGCGCCAUCGAGGGAAGACGUCAGAUGAACGAGUGGCUGUACGAGUUGGAGAAGAUGCAGAGUGGGGACUAUUUUGAAGGAAGCCCCACUGACAGCCCAGAGGUUGAGCCCCAUCCGAAGGUUCAUUUGGGUCGUACCCCUCGCCCGCAGAGCGCCAUCGAGGGAGGUAGCCAGAAUCUAGACAGGUGGUUACAGGAGCUGGAGAGGAUGGAGAACGGGAGAUAUUUCGGAAACCCUGACCGAGCGCAGAGAGAUCAAGUGCAGGCCCCUUUCUACGACGGGACAGCGUCGAUGCCAACCCUUCACAAGGAACCCAUUGGCUCUGGCCUGCAUUACCACUACCAGGGCCUCCCCUCGUCCCCAUCUCUCUGCAGCCGGGACAGGGACCUCUCCCCCUGUGGGACCCCCAGCCAGUGUGACAGUUCCCUGGGCAGCCAGGAGUCCCUCAGUGCAGGAUUGUCCUCUGCCCCGGACUACAACGGUAGCUGGGAAAGGGCUAUAAUCAAGCAGGCUCCAGGGAAGGAGGAGGCUAAACUCAGCUCUCUGACUCCGGUGAGAGUGGGCUGGCUGCCCAUCCACAGAAGGGCCCUGUUGAGGGAUGCUCCAGGCCCUGGACCCAGACAUCCACACCUUCAGGUCAAUGUAGCCAGACAGGUGAGACUUAAACCGGCCAUUACCCCUACCUUCCGGAAGAAUCCUGUCAAGGGAAACGUGAUCAAACCUGUAGUAGAGGGAGAGGUGGAGAAGGUGGAGUGGAGUCAACCCAGCAUUAACACUGUGGGGCUCAGAACGAGGUGGCUUCCUGACCAGGCUCCUUCCCCCAGGACUCAACACCAGGUCUCAGGCAAGAAAAGCUCAGUGCCAAUGGAGAGGGACAACAGGUCUUUAGGUUGGCAGGAUCAGAGGAGAAGUUGGGCUAGCAGGACAUCAUCACACCUCAGUGGUAGUGGGACUCCUACCCAGUCUAACAACUCCCUCCCCGGGGCUAACACUACCUCAGAGCCUGCCAGGAAGAGCCCUCUACACAGGACAACCAGCAACAACCAACAACCUUCACACACUGAGGUUCCACCCUAUGGGACCAGCUCACAGUCUCCUGGAAUCCAACCUGGGGACGACUCAGACUCAGAACCCUGCUGGAGAUCUUCUCUACACAGGACCAAUAGCUUCCAAACGUCUUCUCCCUGGACGAUCAGGCCAACAGUCCAAAAUAAUCCUUCACACACUGAGAUAUCCCCUUCUGGAACCAAAUGUGCACCGUACAGGAGCAACAACUCUCUAUGUAGGACAAACAGCGUCCAACAGAAACCUUCACACGCUGAGUUAACUCCUUACAGAACCAGCUCAGAGCCUUACAGAGCAACCUCUCUACAAAAACGAACAAGUUGUCUUCCACAAACUUCUCCUGCUGGGGUAGUAUCACCCCCGGCCCCUGGGACCACUACAGGUGCUACCAUCGUCCUGAAGACAACUACACCAGCCUUCUCCUCCAUUACCAUCGCCACCAAGAAGAUCUCCAGGAUGACAAGCCUCCCUGGGUCUAGACCUCUGAGCCCUGGAUCUAGAGCCCCCAGACCCCAGAGCUACCACUCUGACGAGACCAGGGUCCCAGGCUAUAAAGCCCCCAGACCCCAGAGCUACCACUCUGACGAGACCAGGGUCCCAGGCUAUAAAGCCCCCAGGCCCCAGAGCUACCACUGUGACGAGGCCAGUGUCCCAGGCUAUAAAACCCCCAGGCCCCAGAGCUACCACUGCGACGAGGCCAGUGUCCCAGGCUAUAAAACCCCCAGUCCCCAGAGCUACCACUGCGAAGAGGCCAGAGUCCCAGGAUAUAAAACCCCCAGGCCCCAGAGCUACCACUGCGACGAGGCCAGGGUCCCAGGCUAUAAAACCCCCAGUCCCCAGAGCUACCACACAAACCAGGCCAGACUCUCCACCACCUGCACCUCUGUCACCCAGCAGGACCAGGUCCAUCACCACCACCCCACCGGCAACGACCCCAGCUCUACCCCUGUCACCCUCAGGAGAAAGUCCACCGCCACCAUAAUCAAAGUGACCGAGCACAGAAGGAUGACCUCUGAACCUGUCAACCGACUGAACGGAAGGCAGAGCCCUGUUUCAUCUGUGUCAGGUGACCAACCAAAUGAUCAGGGCACGGCGGUUCACAGGAGAAAAGCCACCGUCAUAAAAGUGACCGAGCACAGAGAGAGAUACAGCCCAGGUCAGGAUGCCAGAGGUGUGAACAGAAGCAGCAGUAGGCCGUCAGAGUACAGACACAGUUACACAGAGGGAGUGUACGGACACACAUCCCCGUGGCAACAAUCCCCGUGGCAACAAGGAGCCAUGAAUUCAAAUAGGAACUCUGUGGAAUCACUCCAGAGCACCCCUCCCUCCCAGUACCUUCUAGAAUCAUCUAUGGACAGGAUAGACAGGCCCAACUCUGCUCUGUUCCUGACUCCAAACAAGUCCACCUCAACCACUACAGUUGCUUUGAGGGACCCAGAGGGAAGCAGAGGUGGAGGGAAGCCAAUACAGAAGUCUACCCUGAUGCUGUUCAUCAACCCCUCUUCUCCCUCUUCCACAGAGACGUCCAUAGAGAAGGUUGGUGUAGAGAGAGUAGGCGAAGAGAGACGGGCUCGGGACAGAGCCAGGAGACCAGCGAGCUGCUAUGCUAAUGUAUUUGGCCACUGGAGCCCAGAGACUGUUAAACAAGCUGGACCCGGGAACUGGAGCCCAGAGACUGUUACUGUUACACAAGCUGGACCCGGGAACUGGAGCCCAGAGACUGUUACUGUUACACAAGCUGGACCCGGGCAUUGGAGCAUGGGACUUCCUAACCAGACCCAGAAUUCUAAUAUUGACCCAGUGAGGGACUGGGUCAAGGACACUGCUACCAGCAACAGUAGAUUAAAUACUGGAUAUUCUAGCUCUUCCAUCAGUGCUGGACCAGCAGGCAGGGACAGGGAGAUGUGUCCCCCAGAGACAGAGUCCUCCAGACCAGCAGGCAGGGACAGGGAGAUGUGCCCCCCAGAGACAGAGUCCUCCAGACCAGCAGGCAGGGACAGGGAGAUGUGCCCCCUGGAGACAGAGUCCUCCAGACCAGAGGGAAUAGGGACGGAGAGAGAGAUGUGUCCCCCAGAGUCAGAGUCCUCCAGACCAGCAGGCAGGGACAGGGAGAUGUGUCCCCCAGAGACAGAGUCCUCCAGACCAGCAGGCAGGGACAGGGAGAUGUGUCCCCUAGAGACAGAGUCCUCCAGACCAGCAGGCAGGGACAGGGAGAUGUGCCCCCCAGAGACAGAGUCCUCCAGACCAGCAGGCAGGCACAGGGAGAUGUGUCCCCUGGAGACAGAGUCCUCCAGACCAGAGGGAAUAGGGACUGAGAGAGAAGGAGAUCUAACACAACAUCCACACCAGGCAGAUGCCAGGAGCAGCCAACCACAACCUCCAGCUAUCACUCUCAUCAAGCACCAAGAGCCCCAGUCACAUCAGCAGUCUCCUGAGGCUGUCCUGGCCCUCAACGCCGCCGCCGUCAUAGCUCAUAUCAAACUCCAGAGACAACUGAGCCUGAGGAAGACAACACCACAUGACCUUUCUACACAGGACUCAAGGUCACCCACAACACCGGAGGGGGGAAAAGCACUGGUGAAGGAUGCUGGUGGUUGUGUGCGACCCAGGACUGAUGACAACAGACUAGACCCUGGUGAGACCACCAGAACCAAACAUCACACAACCCAGAUUGAUGUUGGGUUUAUUCCCCUGAAUUCUGACUCUGACCCGGAAACAAGCAAAGUCAACAUUCCAUCACCCAGGGAGGCUCUGGAGCGAUCCAGACCACACUUCAUCAUUCGCUCUCAGGGCAGACUGAGAGAGAUGGAGAGGCGGGCGGAAGAGAGGAGGGAGGAGAGGCACUCUGACCACCAGCCAGAGGAGAUGAUGCUGAUGCACCAUAGAGGACACAGCACCAGAACCAGUCCUCUCAGUGGUACUGUUCCACUGACUGUUUCUCUCUCUCUCUGUCAUAGAGGACACAGCACCAGAACCAGUCUGAGUGAUAACCUUUUCAGACCCAGAGAUAGAGCCAUUACAGGGAAGGAGAUGCAGCUCAGAACCAGGCAGAACUAUAAAAAUCUGCCGGAGGUGAGGAGGAAACAGGAGGAAGAGAAGAGGAGGGAGGACUACCUGACUAACAGGCUGAGAGCAGAUCUCUUCAAAAAGAAACUGUUAGAACAGAUCCUUCAAAGGGCUAGUCACUGAGUGAAGCCAAGGAUGAAUGGUCCGAACGUACGUGAUCUCCACCCCCUCCUUCCAGCAUACUGCCCUACUUUGAGAGACCCAACAACCAUCAAGACGGACUAACGAUUAUCCCAACGAAAGUAUUAAUACACAUUAUAAAUAAGCAACAUCAUAAAAAUAAAAAAGAUUAACAAUUUUUUUAAAUUUGUAGUGAAAAUGGGAUUAGAAAUGAAACAAAACAAUGUUAUAAUGUUCCAACGUUUUAAUGAUAACGCCUUUCAUAUUACUGCUGUUUAUGAUCCAAAAACCCUGUUUGGUUUCCAGAAGCACACUGGCUGUGUGUUUUACUGCUCCUAAGCCAAUCGUAUCGAAUCCUACGGAGAGCUGCUCCUAAGCCAAUCGUACCGAAUCCUACGGAGAGCUGCUCCUAAGCCAAUUGUACCGAAUCCUACGGAGAGCUGCUCCUAAGCCAAUCGUAUCGAAUCCUACGGAGAGCUGCUCCUAAGCCAAUCGUACCGAAUCCUACGGAGAGCUGCUCCUAAGCCAAUCGUACCGAAUCCUACGGAGAGCUGCUCCUAAGCCAAUCGUAUCGAAUCCUACGGAGAGCUGCUCCUAAGCCAAUCGUAUCGAAUCCUACGGAGAGCUGCCCCUAAGCCAAUCGUAUCGAAUCCUACGGAGAGCUGCUCCUAAGCCAAUCGUAUCGAAUCCUACGGAGAGCUGCUCCUAAGCCAAUCGUAUCGAAUCCUACUGAGAGCUCCAAUGAAUGUCUGUCUACUUCACCAGAAGCUUUCUGAGGGUCUAGAAGAAGAAAAAUAAUGUGUAGAAUACCGGUUUAGUUGUGGAAUUACCAUGUAACAAAUGUUGUUGUUCUAUGUUAUCUAUGUUAUCUAUGUUGUCAAUGUUAUCUAUGUUAUCUAUGUUAUCUAUGUUAUCUAUGUUAUCUAUGUUAUCUAUGUUAUCUAUGCAUAUGGGCUGUGUACUGAUUUGAAGCCUUCCAUUAAAAAAAAACUGUAUCGUUGGCUCCACUAAA